AGAUGAUCCUUUGUGUUGUGUAACCCUUGAAUUGAGAGUAUGAUUUUCAUGUAGGCUAACGGCACGUCGUACCAAAGCCAAAAGGAGAGCCGUUUUGUUUAGCAUUGCUUGCUUUAUUUGAGAUCUCAGACAAACAGUAGAGUAGUAGCAGCGCAAAAGAAGAAGAUUGAAGAAAAACAGUGAUAUGCAACAAAGAAAAUCAGGGAGGCCGUCUGGAACGGACGGCAAUGAUUUCUCGUACCGGAUGGUCAUCGAUUCCCGCUACACAAAGGUAGCUAAAGCAAAAUCUCGUCUAUUUACACUGUUUCUUACUCAGGGUUUGAUUCAGUUGAUAGGGUUAAUAUGCAUUGUAUUGUUGAUUACAAAUGAAAAGACUGUGAGCAAAUUGGCCGUUUCAUCUUCCAUGACUGGAUUGCUUUCUCUUUUGAUUGGGGAAUUAGGCCGAAGACGUAGUCGAGUUGGUUUAUUGAGAUUUUACAUCUACAUAUCGUCUAUUGUAUUACUUCUCUCAAUAUAUUCUGCCAUUACCAGCAAUUCCUCUUUAGUGGUUAUUUGGAAUCCGAAGGACUGGGAUAAGAAAAAGUUUGAACUUGUAAAAACUCUACUUCUUCUAUUUGGAUCUUUGCUGCAGAUAAUUAUUAUCGGCACUGUAAUUUCUCUAAUUGGUAAUAUGUCUCCUCCCAAGAAAGCUUAUUAACAGUUUCUUGGAACAUCAACUUUACUUCCAGGUUAGUGGGUAAUAAACCAACCUUUCUUUUCCUUACUAUCUCAAAUUGCUUUCUAUCUUUUUAUGCCUUGGGAAUUAUAGAUUUGAGAAUGAGUGCGACUUCCCUAAUUUUUCAAUGAAGCUUUAGGUUUUUAAAAUUUGAGCUGUAGAAUUAGAGAAUACAUUAACCGGGUAAAUGGAAUUUUUCUUUUCUAUUUCACCCUUUGUAGAUACUGAUAAACUUGCAACUGUUUCAGCAAGUUUGUUCUAGAAAAUAAUAAAAUUAAUCAUGGGAGUUUUCAUUGACAUGAAAAAGCUGUGAAAGAAAUAGAAUCUGUAUUAUUUUAUGAAAAAGCCAUGAAAGAAAUAGAAUCUGUAUUAUUUUAACCCCAUCGAAUGAGCAAGGGAUGUUUUUUGCAAGUAUUGUGUAAGACACUGUUCUUAUGGAUAUCAUUGCUCAUGCAUUUUGGUUAAUUGAACCGUGAACUGAAGUUAAUAACUAAACUGUUAGCUUUUCGUUAUUGGUUAAUUGUUUAAAUCUAAUUAAUCUUUGAGCUUGUUGAUACCCAAGUGUGUCUUUGGUAGGUAAUUUGAUAAUUAGAUCAACUAAUUUGAUUAAUUGAUUGAAUAAGUAGUUUAAUUAUCAAAGAAACUUAGUUUGACAAGUCUUGUAUAGAUUAGAUUCUUAAUGCUGAUACUGUUUUCGAUUCAAUCCGAUUAAGAUGGUUUGAUUGAUGUGUUUGGGUUGAAUACACAUUUUUAUUUUUGAAACUGAAUAUAAUGUCCAGCAGAGGUUAUAAAUAGAGGUUGAGCUAUAUGCCUUUUCAAUUGCUUAGUUAUACAGCUAAUUUUUUUAUCAAUUUUUUUU